GCCUCCACAGCGCUCUUGGAUUUGCGAUUACCUUGAACCAGAUCUCUCUUUUUAUUUAUUUAUUCUGGAUCCCAGUACAGACCUUAUCUAUUGUGCAUUUGGCAUUCAGUGCACUCUGAUGGCAUGCAACUGUAGCAGUGCAUGUGGAUUAUUUUAUUAUUAUUUGUAGCUGCUAUCAUCUCUCCAUCCACGCCGAGCCCGGUGUUGUUAGAGUGUUAGAGUGGGGGGUGAUGAUGGUGGAGAUUGAUGAACAGAGGGACAGCGGCGGCGGCGGUGGUGGCGCAGCGAUGGCCGCUCUACACCAGUGUGAACUGAUCCAAAACAUGAUCGACAUCUCCAUCUCCAGUUUACAAGGGCUUCGAACCAAAUGCGCUGCGUCCAACGAUCUCACGCAGCAAGAGAUCCGCACUUUAGAGGUGAAGCUCAUGAAGUACAUCUGUAAACAGUUGCAGUGUAAGCAGAAGGUGCCAGACACAGAGCGGCCAGCUGCCCUGGACAGCUACCCGCGUUUGGAGGACUGGUUACGCAUUAUCAGCAUCAGACCUGAGCUCCUAGAGGCAGUGAAUGUGAAGCUGUCAUUGGACUCUCUGCUGCACAUGCCCAGCAGUCAGGUGCAGGAAACCAUGAGAAGGCUGGGCUCUAGUUCAGACGAGUGUACCAGGCUGUGUGCUGCUCUCAACUGUUUAAAGAGUGCCUCUGAGUCAGGGGAGUUUAAAGAGGACAGCGGUUGUUGGUUCUCUGAGCCUACGAGACGGGACAGUGGCAGCUUGACUCCAGUGGAUCAGAUUCCCUUACUGGGAGGUUACUUACGACCACACAGUUCUUCUCCUCUGGCCCGGCCUCCGACCAUGCCCUCCACACCCCUCACCACCUGCCCGUAUCCCCGCUACAUCCUGUCACCCGGCGAGAUUCAUAUCUCCCACGGUUACGCAGAGAGUCUCACCGACCCCAGCCCAUACUACACGUCUCGACCUGUUCGACUUCAUGGACACACCUCGACUCCUCCCAUUACUCCACCCUCCAAGAGGAGACACCGCCUCAAGCCUCCCUGCACCCCUCCUCCACCUUCCCGCAAAGUUCUACAUCUUCUUCCCAACAUCAUGCUGACCCGCAGCAAGAGCCACGAGAGCCAGCUCGGCAAUCGCAUUGAGGACACGCCCACAAACAAGUGUGUGAAAAAGAACAAGCUGUUCCUGAACGUCCAGAUUAAUGGAAAUGGCUGUGAGGACUCUCCGUCACGCUCGCCCAUUCUCUCUGCACGAACCCCUGGGGCGGCACCCGCCACGGCCCCUUACACCAUGCCGGGCACCCCUACACUUCAGGAGGAGCACAGCGGACUGAGGAAUAAUGUUACCGUCCACCGCAGUUCACCUCAGGCUCUGCGGAGAGACAUCGGUCUGGCUGUCACUCACAGGUUCUCCACAAAGUCAUGGCUCUCCCAGACAUGUCAGGUGUGCCAGAAAAACAUGAUCUUUGGGGUGAAAUGUAAACACUGCAGGUUAAAGUGUCAUAACAAAUGCACUAAAGAAGCUCCCUCCUGCAGAAUCUCUUUCCUGCCAGUCACAAAAAUUCGUAGGACUGAGUCUGUACCCUCAGACAUCAACAAUCCCGUGGACCGUCCACCGGAGGCACCGCAGUUUGGGACGCUACCAAAGGCAAUAACAAAGAAGGAUCAGCCACCAGCAUUGAAUCAACUGGACUCCAGCAGUAAUCCGUCCUCCACCACUUCCUCUACACCUUCCUCUCCCGCCCCCUUCCAGCAGAGCAACCCCCCUAGUGUAACUCCGCCCCCAAACCCCUCCCCAAAGGGUCACCGUGACAACCGUUUCAACUUUCCAGCUGCCUGUUAUUUCCAGCACAGACAGCAGUUUAUCUUCCCUGAUGUGUGCAGUUCAAGCCUCCUUCAUUCUGAUGGACUCCCAGAUACAGUCAACGAGAUCGACCCAUCUGUGGAGGAAAUGCACGCAGAACAGGAUCAGGAAGAAGAUAGAGAGGAGCUAGAGGAGGAAGAGGAGGAAAUAGAGGCAGAAGAGGAAGAAGAUGUAGCAGUAGAGGAGGAAGAUGAAGAGGAAGAGCUUGAGGAGGACGAAGAAGAGGAUAUGGAAGAACUGAAUGCCAGCUCAGAGGGAGAGUGUGAAGGAGAUGAGCUGGAUGAUCUGCCCAGUACACGAGGAGGAACCCAUUGGAAAGGGCCGAUCUCCCGUAAGGCCAGUCAGACCAGUGUGUACCUGCAGGAGUGGGACAUUCCCUUCGAGCAACUUGACCUGGGAGAGCUUAUCGGUAAGGGCCGCUGGGGUCGGGUUCAUCGUGGCCGCUGGCACGGAGAGGUGGCCAUCCGACUCUUGGAGAUCGAUGGAAACAAUCAGGACCAUCUGAAGCUUUUUAAGAAGGAGGUGAUGAACUACAGACAGACACGUCAUGAGAAUGUCGUCCUCUUCAUGGGAGCAUGCAUGGCGCCUCCUCAUCUCGCCAUCAUCACUAGCUUCUGCAAAGGCCGGACAUUGUACUCUGUUGUCAGAGACACGAAAAACACACUGGACAUCAAUAAGACACGACAGAUCGCACAGGAGAUUGUUAAGGGUAUGGGCUACCUUCAUGCUAAGGGCAUUGUUCACAAGGACCUGAAGUCUAAAAAUGUCUUUCAUGACACAAACAAAGUGGUCAUCACUGAUUUUGGCCUGUUUGGAAUCUCUGGAGUGGUUCAGGAGGGAAGACGAGAAAAUGAACUGAAACUUCCUCAUGGGUGGAUCUGUUAUCUGGCUCCUGAAAUUGUACGCAAGAUGAGUCCUGGAAACAACGAGGACCAACUUCCGUUUUCUAAUGCUGCUGAUGUUUAUGCCUUUGGCACCAUCUGGUACGAGCUGCAGGCACGAGACUGGCCCAUCAUCAGUCAGCCCGUAGAGGCUACCAUCUGGCAGGUGGGCAGUGGAGAGGGCAUCAGGAGGGUGCUGGCAGAGAUCAACUUGGGUAAAGAGGUCACGGAGAUUCUGUCUGCCUGCUGGUCAUAUGAAGCCCGCAAUCGGCCCACUUUCACCCAGGUUGCUGACAUGCUGGAGAAAUUGCCCAAACUCAACCGACGACUGUCUCACCCUGGGCACUUCUGGAAGUCUGCAGAGUACGUAUCCUAGAACCCGGCAUAGUUUACAAAGCUUUACAUGCUGAAGAAAUGACAGAAGAGAUGACCUCAGAGACACCACUGUGUAUCACACACUGCGAGGGAAUUUCACCAUCUUCAGUCGUUCAGUUCAAUAUCUGUAUUAGCAGUACCUGUCUGAUGUGCACAUGAGCACUGUGCUUUCUGCCAGUGAUGAGCUUUUGAAAAGAAAAAAAUAAUUCCAAACGUAUCUGUGAUGUUUUAAGGUUUUACUAUUAUUGUUUUGAGAAGUUUCCCUUCGUCUGAGAAGUACUAGUUGAUCUUCUCACGAUCCCAUUUUUAGUUUAGUUGUUAAAGGAAUAUUUCACCCAAAAAAGGACAAUUCUGUCAUCAUUUACUUACCAUCAUGUCAUUCCAAACCUGAAUGUCUUUCUUUUUUACAUGGUACUCAAGAAGGCAGAAUGUUGGGUACUGACAGCCUCAGUCACCAUUCACUUUCAUUGUAUAGAUAAAGAUGCAAAGUCAAUGGUGACUGAGGCUAUCAUUCUGCCUAACAUCUCCUUUUGUGUUCGAUGGAAGAAAUAAAGUCAUACUGGUUUGAAACAAUAUGAGUGGAAGUAAAUGAUGACAGAAUUUUCAUGUUUGGGUAAACUAUUCCUUUAAAUUAUACAGUAAAUGUUUAUGAUGUCUUAGUUUUCUCUUAAAGGAAUGUUCUAGGUUCAAUAUAGAUAGUUAAAUUUUGUCUCGUCCCUCCUUUUGUAAAAACAAACCAAAAUUGUGUUUACAGUAAUGCACCUUCAAUGAAAGUCUAUGGGGCAAGGCAUUCCGGAGCAUUUAGAGCCCAUCUGUACACAAAUGCUAGUUAUUUAAGCUGUAAAGUUUGUCCUUUUUGGCAGUGGUUACAUGUUACAGACUUACUGUGGCGGUGACAAACCUCAGUACUGAGGAGGGUGAUAGAGUUACCUUCAAACAUUUGUUAUUUUUCUGGUAAGUUUCUAUAAAUAUUUUGACUUAACUUAUUUGUUCAGAAAUAUUCUCUUCAAACUGUUACUCCGCCAUGACAGUAGUUGACUUGAAAGAAAAAAAUCACAGUAUAAACGGACAGUUCACACCAAUGUCUGCUAUAGCGCCCCUUGUGGCAACAUUGAGAAUGCAACGCAUACUUGCGUUUUGUUAUGAAUUGCGGUCUGACAAAUUUCGGAACGCAACAACCUACAAAAUCGAGCUUGUGACCCUUGAAACGUCUGUGCACACAUACUUGCGUAAAGUAUGUUUUGACCUUAACUUGGUUCCUGUUCACAAGGUUCCCGUAGCUCAACUGGUAUAUCAUGGUGCUAGCAAUGGCAAGAUCAUGGGUUUGAUUCCCAGGGAACACAAAAACUUAUACAAUGUAUACCUUGAAUGCACUGUAAGUCACUUUGGAUAAAAGCUUCUGCCCAAUGCAUAAAUGUAACUUUUGAACCUGGAACAUUCCUUUAGUCUCCUUUUCAAAAUGUACUGCUAAUUGUAACAGAUUCUUUCUUACUGCUAAUUUCCUGUUCUGAAAACUUUUAUUCCUUGUGUCAGAACUUAGAACUAAGCAUUAGCAACCUAAUCUCUCCUUUUUCUCUCAUUCUCUUCUGUCUAUCAUUUAUUUUUUAUUUUUGUAGGUUGUAGCUGUGUGCCUGAAACAUGUGCAGUGCAAAACACACAAACCCUGGCUCUGCCUUGCAUGCCUGCCCUCCUCUGGACUUACAAACUAACCAUCACCUGCUCUUCCAUCUCUGACUUUCUAUGGGUCUCUGGGUGGUGGUGGAGUGGAGGAUUGUUGCGGUGAUGCGUUAAAUAAAACGCUUUGCCUUAAUUAUUCUUUAUUGAUUUCCUUUACUGGAGUGUGCGACUGGUUCUCUCUUCCUCUCCUGCUCCUUUUUGUGCGGUCACGUGAUGCGUUUCCUGUUGGAUUCGCAGGAUUCAAUGACACUAAGGUGAAGAUGUAUGCUAAGCUCCUCUGCUUUUCCUCUUUUUCUCCUUUUCUCUCCCUCUUUCGUGGGUUUGGUGCCUCUUAGUCCUGCGUGACAUAAGCUGAUUCUGUCUCUGACUGGACCGUCUGGUUUAUGCUGACAUACCUAUAGUUGUCACUUCCUCCACAGUGUCCGAUAGUAGAUGUUUUCAUUUCACAAAUGAUAAUAUUCUCAGUGGAGAUAUAUUUAGCUGUGAGGGUCUCUUGAAUAUGGUCAGACCUUAAAACAGAAAGCUUUCUGAACAUUUAAGGGAGUGCACUCAAAAAUGAAAAUUCAGUCAUCAUAUACUCAGCCUUAGAAGGAAGAAAGUCAUACAGGUUUGAAAUGACAUGAGGGUGAGAAAAUCAUGACAGAAUGUUCAUUUCUGGGUGUACUAUAUAAGGACAACUUUGCCCCUUUAGGGUUAUAAUAUCUGAUGCAGAUUGCAAAUAUGCGUCAAAGAGAAGUGUGUGUCUUCUCACCUGACUAUAUGUCCUUUUAAUAUCAAGGAUGUUAAAAGCAGUUCGCAUUGCACGUGUUAGAGAGCGCUAGAUGAACCCAGCAGAACAGUGUUCCAUAAGUUGUGUAAACACGAACUCUCAUGUGUGUUUGUGUGUAAUGUGCGUGUUUGUAAUGUUUUGUAUGUGGAUGGGUGUGUGUUUGUUCUGUAAAAGACUGGACUUUGUGGUUUGAAAAUAUAUUGAUGACAUGUACAUUUUUUUAUGUAUAAAUAUGGUUUAUUUAUUGUACAGUCAAUGAACAGAAUUCUUUUAAUAUUUAUAUGGACAUUUUACAUAUAUCUAUCUAUCUAUCUAUCUAUCUAUCUAUCUAUAUAUAUAUAUAUGUACAUCAUGACAUUUUUUAAUAGGUAUUGCUGUCCUAUUGCAGAUGUAAAUAUACUUUAUAUUUUUUCAUGUAAGCAAAAAGAAAAAAACUGUAAAACAAAGUUUUUUUAGAAUGGGUCGAUACAUGUUCUGUACAGUCAUAUUUUUGUAUUGCAUGUGACUACUGUACACAUUGUCUGUUCUCAUCCUUGAAAGACAAUAAAACCA